GCUGCUUCUUAGGGCCCCGAGUCAUUCUGAUAGUCUUCGGUUCUGUGCGUGCAAAACCCUACAAUGGAGGAACCUCAGAACGGCAAGAAAGGUUCGACAAUGGAAGCGAGCGAGGAAGAGGCACUUAUUGGCCCCGGUCCCGCCGCUAAGACUCGUCCCAAGCGUCCUCUGCAGUUCGAGCAGGCGUACUUGGAUGCGCUUCCGUCUGCUAACAUGUAUGAGAAAAGUUAUAUGCAUCGUGAUGUGGUCACACAUGUUGCUGUGUCAGCAGCAGAGUUUAUCAUAACUGGAAGUAUUGAUGGUCAUUUGAAAUUUUGGAAGAAAAAGGCAAUUGGAGUUGAGUUUGCUAAGCAUUUCAGAUCUCAUCUUGGUCCCAUUGAAGGGCUGGCUGUUAGUGUUGAUGGCUUGCUUUGCUGUACAAUUUCAAGUGAUCGUUCUGUGAAGAUAUAUGAUGUUGUCAACUAUGACAUGAUGGUCAUGAUACGUUUACCAUUUGUUCCUGGAUCAGUUGAAUGGGUCUACAAACAAGGUGAUGUUAAAGCUAAGCUUGCCAUUAGCGAUCGGAACUCCCCAAAUGUGCAUAUUUUUGAUGCACGAGCUGGUUCAAAUGAACCCAUUAUCUCCAAAGAGAUACACAUGGGUCCGGUAAAAGUCAUGAAAUACAAUCAUGUCUUUGACACUGUUAUAUCUGCAGACGGCAAAGGAAUAAUAGAGUACUGGUGUCCUGCUACACUACAGUUUCCAGAAGACAGGGUGAGCUUCCGGUUGAAAAGUGAUACUAAUCUCUUUGAAAUUAUAAAAUGCAAAACAACUGCAUCUGCAAUUGAGGUUAGUCCAGAUGGCAACCAAUUUGCCAUUACAUCCCCUGAUCGAAGAAUACGUAUCUUUUGGUUUAGAACGGGUAAACUAAGACGGGUUUAUGAUGAAUCUCUUGAGGUGGCCCAGGAUCUACAGAGAAGUGAUGCUCCUCUCUAUCGUCUAGAAGCAAUUGAUUUUGGACGAAGAAUGGCUAUUGAGAAGGAAAUUGAAAAAACAGAAAAUGUGCCACAACCAAAUGCAAUAUUUGAUGAAAGCUCAAAUUUCAUUAUAUAUGCAACAUUACUUGGCAUAAAGAUUGUAAAUUUACAUACCAAUAAGGUUACCCGGAUUCUAGGAAAAGUAGAGAACAAUGAUAGGUUCUUGAGAAUUGCUCUAUAUCAAGGUGACAGAAGCAACAAAAAAGUUAGGAAAAUUCCUGGGGCUGCAUCAAAUGUUAAUGAGAGCAAAGAGCCUUUGACAGAUCCUACUCUCGUUUGUUGUGCUUUCAAGAAGCACAGGAUUUAUUUCUUCAGUCGUAGGGAACCAGAGGAGCCUGAAGAUGCAACUAAGGGAAGGGAUGUAUUUAAUGAAAAGCCUCCUCCUGAUGAACUUUUGGCUGUUUCAGAUAUAGGAAAAUCUGUGACAACAUCUCUUCCAGACAAUGUGAUAUUGCACACAACAUUGGGUGAUAUCCAUAUGAGACUGUACCCAGAAGAAUGCCCUAAAACUGUGGAAAAUUUCACAACCCACUGCCGGAAUGGGUAUUACGAUAAUCUCAUCUUCCACCGAGUCAUCAAGGGCUUCAUGAUACAGACAGGGGAUCCUUUGGGAGAUGGCACUGGUGGCCAAUCUAUCUGGGGAAGGGAGUUUGAAGAUGAGUUCCAUAAAAGUUUGCGGCAUGACAGACCUUUCACAGUGUCAAUGGCAAAUGCGGGGACUAACACUAAUGGAUCUCAGUUUUUUAUUACCACUGUAGCUACACCAUGGCUUGACAAUAAGCACACGGUCUUUGGUAGAGUUGUAAAGGGGAUGGAUGUUGUACAGGCUAUUGAAAAGGUGAAAACAGACAAGACUGACAAGCCAUAUCAGGACGUAAAGAUCUUGAAUGUGACUGUUCCUAAAUCUUGAAGCUUGAAGCCCUACCAUACAAAGUGUUGAUUCCUUGUUAAUGCACAAACGUUGGCUGCUUCAACUCAUCUCAGGUAUGCGGAUAGGUUGAAAACCAGGUUUCUUACUUUUACAUAGGAUUUAUCUUUAGGUAUUUGUUGAACAACGGUUUAAUUUUUCUUUUUUUUCUUUUUUUCUUUUUUUCUUUUUUUCUUUUUUUCUUUUUUUCUUUUUCCUUUUCUGAAUUGAGUGAAGUGUAACUUUUUUUACCCCCUUUCAGUUUCUUUUACUUAGUAAAUUAACCCUUUCAAAUAAUGUUAGCCAUGAUGUAUUUGUAUGCUUGUUGAUGUUUAAAACAAUAUUAAUUUAUAUGAAAUUUAUGACC